AUGGCACGUUGUUCUAUAGCAAGUCAUUUUCUACAUAGUAUUGUCUUCGACAAUGAUGUCCUUGAUGACCAAUAUGAAGAUGAUUUGCUUGCACGUAUAGAAGCAGCGAUUCUAGCCAAUGAAGGACGAACAUCAAGACGUCGUGGUUCUAUUGAAGGUCGUGUUGUCGUUCCACGCAACAUAGCUCGAGGUGGUCGAAAUCUUUAUGAAGACUAUUUCGCUGAUCCACCUGUAUUUCCUGACCAUUUAUUUCGAAGGAGGAAUGCCGAUGGACUUCUCGGUUUAUCAUCCCUUCAAAAGAUUACAGCCACACUAAGGAUGCUUGCUUAUGGCAAUGCUGCUGAUAACUUGGAUGAAUAUGUGAGUAUUGGAGAAAGCACUACUUUAGAGAGUUUGAAAAGAUUUGUCAAGGAAAUUGUUGCAACCUUUGGUGAUGAGUACUUGAGAUUGCCAAAUACUAAUGACAUCACAAGAUUGCUUGCAAUUAGGGAUCAACGACACUUUCUUGGGAUGUUAGGGAGCAUUGAUUGCAUGCAUUGGAGAUGGAAAAAUUGUCCAUCUGCGUGGCAAGGAUCCCAUAAUGAUAUUAAUGUCUUAGACCAAUAUUCCAUUUUCAAUGAACUGGCUGGAGGUCAUGCUCCUCCAGUCAACUAUUCAAUUAAUGGUAACAAUUAUACUAUGGGAUAUUAUCUCGAUGAUGGUAUAUAUCCAACGUGGUCAACAUUUGUAAAAACAAUCCCUGCACCACAAGGAAAUAAGAAGAAAUAUUUUGUUGCAGCUCAAGAAUCAGUUAGAAAAGAUGUCGAAUAUGCAUUUGGGGUGCUUCAAUCACAUUUUGCUAUUGUACGAGGAGCAGCUCGUCUAUGGGACCAAAACACAUUGAAAGACAUUAUGAUUGCAUGCAUAAGAAUGCAUAAUAUGGUUAUUGAGAAGGAGCAACAUGAUGAGAGAUAUUGUCAUCAAAUCCAUAACUUUGAUAGGUGGGAAAUACCAAAUAUAGAACCUGCACGUGAGUGUUCACUAGGACUAACGCAAUUCAUUCAAAGCCAUAUUCGCAUUAGAGACAAACAAACUCAUUGUAGGCUCCAAGCAGAUCUUGUCGAGCACAUGUGGCAACAACAUGGAGGAGAAUAA